AUCACUUUAGGAAAAGUUGGUCAUCAGUUCUUCCAGAACAAGCAUGUAGUUGUCAGUACCAUUCCUUUUCAACAUCUCCGAAUCACUGUAAAUCCCCCUAACAUCCAGGACAAAGGCAGUGAGAGCUGUUCGGCAUUACCUUCUUCCACUAGUAAUCUUGAAUCAGAUGUUUCGAGCCAACACCGUGAAACUUCUUUUAAAGAAAAGAAGAAGAGAAAUAGGUGUCAGAUGUGUCGUAAGAAGGUUGGACUUACAGGUUUCUAUUGUCGAUGUGGUGGACUUUUCUGCAGUGUACACAGAUAUUCAGAUGAACACAGUUGUACGUUUGACUAUAAAAUGAUGGGUGCUGAGGAAAUCAGAAAAAAUAACCCUAUUGUAGUUGGAGAAAAAGUCCAAAAGUUAUGAAAGGGUGGGUGUACGAAACUGAGUCAAGAUCGGUGAAAAUUCUAGAACUAUACAUCAAGGCUCUUUUUCAGUAUGCAUCCUGACCUGCAGUCAUGUGCAAAUGUUUGAAAUUAUCACAUACAUAAGAAUCAUUAUGUGGACAAAUUCAAAGUUGUACUUUAAACUGCUGACACUAGAAAAAUUCAUUAACAGGGUGUAUUAUUUCCACCGUACGUAUAUAAAUAUGAUUUGUAUGUUCAUUAGAAACUCGUACACGUCUAUUAAUACUGCAUCUACGAGAAAGAUGAAACAAGCUUAAUAUUUUAUGCUUCUUUUGAACUCAUAGUUGCUCAUGUAUUAUACACUUUAUAACAAUGGAGUGGAUAUGUUAAACCUUUGACUCCACAGCGUUUGUGACAUUAUUUCUAUGCAGGUUGACAUUUUAUGACAACGAUACUAAGUGAAUUUACUCAGAAAUGUAGUCCUCAGAGUGACAACUUUGUAUGUUAGGUUACACUAUUAUGUAAAGGGUGGAGUGUGUAGUUAAUUGUCUAAAGUUUCUCAGCUGGAAGCGAGUGUUUGUAAGAAAUACCUCAAAUUUUAUUAUACUGUACAAACAUUAAUAUUUCUACCGAUAGCGUACACCAUUCUAAGAGUAUUUUAAAUGGUAAUGAAAGACAUGCUUUACUAAGAAUAGUAACCUAAGUUGAAACACUACUGACUACACGAGCAGUGAAAGAUAGAUAUACAGUUUCAAGUGUUUAAUGUUAUCAGGAAUGUGUUUCUUUUUAUUAGAUUCAUGUAACUACUUUUUUAUUUGUUAGUUCUGUUAAUAAAGGUGAAACCUAACGGUGAAUAGUGGCACAAAAAAGUACACAAGUUAAACAGUUUUCGAUAUACUUAACGAGUUCAAUUUUCCGUUUCUUUCCCACAAAAUGGUGCUCGUUUAACUAGGAAAAGUUAAGUUACUUAUUUUUCUAUUUCCUGUAAAUGUUUUGAUUGUGAAAACUGCUUACCAAGAAUCUUGUUUGUAGAGCAUUUUAAACAAGAGUUCCGUUAUGUUGGCAAAUCUAAGUUUGACAGUUCAUGUGUCUGUAAUCACAUACUUCAUAUUACCUAUACUGUUUUCAAGGUUUAGUUUCAAUAGAUAUCUUUCUCCGUAUUCAAAGCAUAGGUUUAAGUGUUAAUAAAUACACUAACACAUGUUCUGAUAUUUGGAUAAUAUGAUUACAGAAUUCUUCCACCUUGGAAAAUAAAUACAUGUAGUAAUAUAUUAUAAAUCUGGAAUAUUUCAGUAUAGAUUGUCUUUUAUCCAGUGUUAUAGAUAGUGUUUUAUACAAUUUAGUUCAUGACAGCUAAGUGCUUGCAUUGGGUUUAAAUAGAACUUGUUAGAAGAGAAAAGGUCUUGAUCAUUAUUAUUACUGUGUGUUGUUGUACAGUUAGUUAAGCCUGUAUCUUAUUGUGGCUAUUUGGUAUGUUGUUUUUUGUGAGGCCAAUCAAAAUAAAUGAUAAGUUAAUCAUCCUUAGUAUUAAAAAAUAACACAGAGAGAACGUUUAUAUAUUUUUCUUAGUUCUCUAAUUCCAUGUUGAGGAGGAAAAACACGCAGUGGACAUCAUUGACAUCCUCCUCCAGAGAUGAUUAACUGUCAGUUUAUUUUAGAUAGACCAAUGAUUUUUCUUUAAAAACUUCAAUAAAGAGAGAGAAAUUAGUUUUUUUCUUUAAAGUGAAUUGUUUAGUGGCAAAAGUUCUCAUUUAGGAACAACUGAUGCCAUAAAUUGUUCAAUCUUGAGUAAUUAUUACAGCCUUAGAAAUAUAUUUAAUUACCAAAAUUAUUCAGUUUGAUAAGUAUGAAUGUGAGUGAAUAAAUAUAUUUUAAAUAAAUGAAAAA